UCUGUUUUUACGCACAAUAAUCCAGAUCUGCGUGAAAUUCCCAUAUCGUCAGCAUUUUCAUCUGGUACCGCACGUGCAUAUGCUAAACUUUAUGGCAUCCUGGCUAACGGAGGUACAGAGGAGGGAAACAAACUCUUGUCAGAUAAAUCAAUUAAUAAAUUAGCUACGCCCAUAGUGUCAGGGGUCGACCUUGUUACCGGGCUAUAUACAUCAUACAGGGUAGGCAUGCAGUUAAAUAAUCCAAACGGAGGUGUUGUUUUUGGACACCCGGGCCAUGGAGGUCAGGUGGCCCAAGCAGAUUUGGAGAAUGGUAUUGGACUAGCGUAUCUUACAAAUUAUAUAGACGUAUACGCACAAGGUGAUCAUCCACGAUAUCUGGCGCUUGUGCAGGAAUUUUAUGUCUGUUUGGAGAACUACUUAAAGAACAAACAGUAAACACAAUUAUUGACACUGAAAAACAGUUGGAGUUUUAAGCAAAGUAGACGUGCUUAGCCAAGAAGUUAAACUUUUUUGUAAGAGAACUGAUGUUCACUUAAGUUAUAUUGUGCUAAUGUAUCAAGUUUACAUAAUGGAAAAUGAUGAGAAUGAAAGACUAGGGAACUAUAUGGUUAAUGUAUCAAGUUGUUUCAAAACAAAAAAAGCAUGUUGAUCUUGGCAUUUUGUUGAAAAGGCAAAUGAGAAAAGCAAAGCAAAAACAACUGUGGCAAAAUAAAAAAAAACAGCUUUAUGACAGCUGAAAUGUAUUA